GUCAAACAACGCAAUUGAUACCACCAUCAAAAGGUUGGCUCAGGCCAUGAUGCCAGGUUGUAUGUUGAGUUUAAAUUAAAUACUUUUGAAAGAUUGGGUGGGCCGUAUUCAAACACUUGGCGGGCCGGAUGUGGCCCCCGGGCCGUAGUUUGCCCACCCCUGGUUUAAUAUAUCAAAUUUAAUAACACAAUAUGGGCGUUACCCUCUCGUGACAUCUCUUUCCGUUUCCUUCUUUGCCUCAGUUCCUGUGUCCGUGCCCUUAUUUUGUCACUACUUCCUUUGUUGUUCCCUUUCUAGUUUAGUUUCUCCUUGAAUGCUCUUAUUUUUGUAUUGACUUCCUGUCUUGCCUGGUUUCCGGUUGCGAUCGUUUCUAAUUUCAAUCCGUCCUAUUUAGUUCAGGUGUGCGCUCCCUCCCUCUGGUUGUUGGUUCUUUUGUUGUCGUUUGUUUGCCUUGCUUGGCGAAUUGCCGUGUUUUCUGCUUAUCUGCGAUUAUUAUUAAAAAAGAAUACUUUUUAUCUGCACUACGUUCCUACAAAGAGGUAACAAAAAUAAGAUUAAAUGUUAAAUUAAAUGACACUGGUGUAACCUGGAGGUUUACACCCGCACAAAAAAACUGGGAAAAUUGGGUAUCUACAUGUUCACGGUCGAGGUUUUAAAUCAUUAAAUUCAACGUUUUAUUUGCAUUUGGUCCUGUUCUCUGCAUCGCGGGGUCGAACCGUAAAGCUCUCAAGUCCAACCGUGACACGUACAAACUUGCAAAAGACUGAAAAUGCUGAGUGAUACUGUUUCACACACUGCGAGGCUUGUUGUAAAACACACAUAAUGGGCUUUAUUAACCAUUUAAUAUUAUAUAUUCCCAGGUUUUAAUGUUUUUGUAGGUCACUAUCGGCCCAUCCUCCCGUUUAUUGCACCGCUGAUAUUCAGUUGCAUAUUAAUCUGCCUGGAUAUUAAUUACAGUCACAUUUAAUACAUUUUUCCUAGGUGGGUUUGCUACUGUGGGUACUCAAACGCUUGGCCUUUAAUUGGUCUCUCACUGAACAAAUGGCUUUUUAAUUAGCGUGCCGUUAUCAUGUCGACACCAACCACGGACCCGGCUUGAUCGGUACACGCAAAUCUGACAGUGCUGAAUGAGGGAACCUUUAUUGCGCUGAGGUAGACCGCUCAUUGCGUCAUUUUUCAUUUUCAUCGUCCAGGGAGGCAAUCUGUGGCUAGCAGGCUACACUCAGACACCGAGCUCUACAGAGACAGUGUUACACAAAUGGAAAUAUUUAUGUGUUAAGUACAUAAGUACUAUUCGUUAAGUACCAUUUAAGCAACCUAUCUUGCAAUGACUCUCACAUUUCCUGGUUUUCUCCCACCGGGAAUGACCGACUCAUACAAUGCAUACUGUGCCGCCAUGUUUCCAUGUAUAAGUGAUGAUAUAGCUCUAUUCCUUUUAUUCCGGGGUCUACCCCGUCUCAUGCUCGAAGUCAGCUGGGAUAGGCUCCAGCAUACCCCUACAACCCUGGUUAGGAUAAGCGGCAUAGAAAAUAUGGAUGGAUGGAUUUUGUGGAUGAAAAAUCAUCAUUCCCACAGUCGACACAUUAACUAGCUACUAGUGCUAUGUUUUUCUUAGUUUGGCUUUUCAACUUUUGCAAGGUAUGUCCGGACAAAGAGGCACUGUAAAUAUUCUGCACACAAAGGCAAAUAAAUACUUGAACAUCUCUGGCCAAAUUCCACUUUAGAAGUACAAGAGCGCUCUCUAGUGGUUUGUUUCAGAUUGCACUAGUGUUCUCUUCUUUCCUUUUCUUUACUUUGUCUUUUGUGAUAAUGAUGCACACUGCCCAAAUUAAUAUUUGACAUAUUAAGACAUGCAUUUGUUUCUUUAGGCUUUUUAAAAAUUUAAUACUUUGGAGCAGCAACUUUCAUUUUUGAUGUUGUGGGUUCAUGAAAUGCGGUAUAUUAAACUGUUGUGUAUCAUGUGACCACUAGAUGGCAGCGUUUUGCUGUUUUGACGUGUUUUGUGGGGACUUUUUAAUUAAUUGAUCCUUAAACACAGGCAUUCAAUUAAAAAUCUUUAAUUUUGUAUUCAUGUAUUUUUUAUAUCAACCAGACAAGAUGGAUCAAAUACAGUGUCAAAAUAUAUAGCUGCUUUUCGCAGUGCAUAAUAUAAUAGUAGCCACUAAGAUGACAUUAAAAGUCAGCCAUGUCGUGAUGCAGUGUGUUCAUCAUGCCGCUAAAUGGCAGCACUCAUCUAAAUGCUCACUCAGUCAAGAAGGACUGUAAACAAACAAGGAUUGUAUAGUUACGAAUGGAUGAGCAUUGGAACAUAGUGAAGUAUGGCAUGGCGCUGAAAGUCCGCCAUGAUAGAGAGCAAAAGACGUGGGCGGGGCUAGGCGGCCAACACGUUACAGUGUAUUAGACGUAUUCUGCUCUCUAUCAUGGCGGCCAAACCCGCCAAGGGCAUAAUACGGAAGUGGAUGCCGAGUCGAUGCCCUCAUUGCAUACUCUCUUUGGUUCCCAAUGGAAAAACGACAAGACUAGUGAAAACGGCAUCUCUCAAGUCGGUUCCCUGACUAAACGUGAUGAUGGACGUUACCCAGUUCCUCCGAAGCCAGAAGGUCAAGCUAAUAGACAUCCUCAGUGCGGACGCCGACUUUGUUUUGCAGCAUGCGGACUCUUGUUCCCUGCUCUCUUCAUCCGGAUACGAGCAGGUGAAAGCCUGCAGAAUUCCAAGUGAAAAAGUGACAGAGCUUCUUGAUCACAUCAUCCAGAGAGGGCCUGUGUCGGCACAGGGUCUGCUGGAGUUGCUGAAGGAGCCACCGCUGCAAGAAACCUUCCCGAUGCUUUAUGUGUUGAAGGAUCUGCAAGUCAGCUCACUGGCUUCCGACACCCAGAGAAAAAGAAAGUCAGUUCCUGACGUAGAAGAGACUAAACCCAAACAAAUGCGCAGCAAUGCUCCCAUAGUAACGGAGAAGCAGUUGAUGACUGUAGCACGUGGCGUAGGACGAUCAUGGAGGGAAAUCGGCAGACUUGCUUUAGAAAUCCCCAAUGUGAAGCUGGAACAGAUUGAAGAGGACCACCCCAACCUUGUGGAGCGUGUGUUUGCAAUGCUGAACUACUGGAAGAUACGCCAGAGGGAAAAGGCCACCACCGCUUACCUGCACGCCCUGCUGAGUCAAGACGACUGGGCUUUGCCUCCUGAGAGGAUUGACUUUCUGAUAGAGUCCGACUCGGGCCAUUUGUAACAUUUGUUUCCCUUUUUAUAAUUGGAAGCUUGGACACUGUGUGUCUUAUAAGAUGCGUUUUUUAAAUUUCUUACCUUUUUUGGAAUUUUUCAUCCUCAAUCCUUACAUGAACACAUCUUUCUUUCCCAUUUCUGUGCAUUCUUGCGCAAGAAGACGAGUUAAUAUAAGUUAGCUAGCAACAGGCGUCAUGGGAUAUACCUAUUUUGACGCUAAAACCCUCGCAAAAACAUUUACAUAAUUGACUUGUAUAUUAGCCAAGCUACUGCUAUAUUGUUAUUGUAGCAGCUAACAUGAAAAAUUACUUUUCUCUCCCGUCAGCGUCAUUCACAGACGGAAGAGUCGAUACCUCGCUCUCAAUUUUGACUCAACAAGAUGCUCGUUUGCCGUCAGCAUUUGUUACCUGAGGACUGGAGCACACGUCUUGUGCUGGAAGACGCGGCCAUCCCAAGGAGAGCGGACAUCAUAAGUGUUGUCGCUGCUGUUGACAGAACUAGUAUUACUAUGUGUAUCGAUGUAUUGAGAAAAUAAUUUUCUGUUUUAAAUCAGCAAAAUAGGGCAAGAUACUGCAACUAUUACACGUUACCAACAGAGUACGUGUUAAUGCAUGAUUACAGCAUGGCUAUCAAACAAUGCAACGCUGUUUUUUAGAAGGAUUCAUAGUCUAAAUAGGUGUAUCCCAAUGACAGCAUUGUAAUAUUAACUCAUUAAUGCUCAUAUUAACUCGUCUUCUUGUGUUAUAAGGCACAGAAAAUGGAAAUGUGUUCCUGUUUCACAUAAAAGAAAAAAAAUAAUGUCUUUUCAAAGACCACAUUUCUGAGACAGCUUGUAAUAGAUCACAUUAUAUUGUGUAAGUGGUCUUAAUACCAAUUAAUUGAUGUGUACCACAUCUUUUUGUUUAUUAAAUACUUUUUGUAAUACUACUUUUUUAUUCCUGUUGCAGUUUGUAUGUGACAGACAUCAAGGAUUUAUUCAGUUUGAGAUCGUGGAAAAAAUGUUUACAUUACUUGUAAAACUUACUUUAGCACCACUGGUAAACAUUUAUGUCAUUAGUUAACUUGUAUUCAUAUUCGUAUGUACAGUAGUUGAAAAAAAAAAUAAACAUUCCUCUCGUC